AUGUCGGGCAGCUCAAGUGCCAGCAAGCCCACGCGGGUUUCGAUUCUGGGCAAGGAAUCUAUCAUCAUUGACUACGGACUCUGGAAGAACUUCGUUGUACCUGACCUGCUGGAGAACGUAUCCUCGGGCACCUAUAUCCUCAUCACUGAUACCAACAUUGGCGCCCUCUACACACCUGCUUUCGAAGCCGCCUUCAACGAACACACCUCGAAGCUUGACAAUGCGCCGCGACUUCUCACCUACCAGGUUGCUCCUGGCGAGAGCUCCAAGAGCAGAUCCACCAAGGCCGCCGUCGAAGACUGGAUGCUUUCGCAAGGUGUCACCAGAGACAGCGUUGUCAUUGCUCUGGGUGGAGGUGUCAUUGGCGACAUGAUCGGCUUCGUCGCCGCUACAUACAUGCGUGGAGUGCGCUUCGUUCAGGUCCCUACCACACUUUUGGCCAUGGUUGAUUCUUCGAUUGGUGGCAAGACCGCUAUUGAUACUCCUCUGGGCAAGAACCUGGUUGGUGCUUUCUGGCAGCCUCAGCGCAUCUACAUCGAUCUCCAGUUCCUCGAGACUUUGCCCAAGAGAGAGGUCAUUAACGGUAUGGCCGAAGUUGUCAAGACUGCCGCUUUCUGGGAUGAGGCCGAGUUCGCUACUUUGGAAGAGAAUGCCGAUUUGAUCAUGAAGGUUCUGGAUGACAAGACCAAGAAGGGCGAGGGUAGAUUUACAGAGAUUGCCCAUAUUCUCAAGCGCAUUGUUCUUGGUUCUGCUCGCAUCAAGGCCGAGGUUGUUUCUGCUGACGAAAGAGAAGGCGGCUUGCGCAACAUCUUGAACUUUGGUCACUCGAUCGGCCACGCCAUUGAGGCCAUCUUGACUCCUCAAAUUCUGCACGGCGAGUGUGUUGCUAUCGGAAUGGUCAAGGAGGCUGAGUUGGCCCGCCACUUGGGUGUCCUUGCUCCUGGUGCUGUUGCUCGUCUUGCCAAGUGCAUCUCGAGUUACGGCUUGCCUACCUCGCUCGAAGACAAGGUCGUCCGCAGGAGGACAGCUAACAAGCACUGUCCCGUCGACCGCCUGAUUUCCAUCAUGGCUGUUGACAAAAAGAAUGCAGGCGGUCAAAAGAAGAUUGUACUGCUUUCCGCUAUCGGCAAGACCUACGAACCCAAGGCCAGCACCGUGGCUGACAAGGAUAUCCGCAUCAUCCUUUCUCCUAGCGUGCUCGUCCACCCUGGUGUCGACAGUUCUUUGAACAUUUCCUGCAAGCCUCCAGGCUCGAAGAGUAUCUCCAACCGCGUGCUGCUCCUUGCUGCUCUCGGCUCCGGUCCUUGCCGUAUCACCAACCUGCUACACUCUGAUGAUACCCAGGUCAUGCUUACAGCUAUCAACAAACUCGGAGGAGCAACCUAUUCCUGGGAAGACGAAGGCCGUGUCCUGGUUCUUACCGGCAACGGUGGUGAGCUUAAGGCUAGCUCUGACGAACUUUACUUGGGCAAUGCUGGUACUGCCUCUCGCUUCUUGACCACUGCCGUCUCCCUUGCUAAGCCUUCUUCUGUCAACCAUACCGUUCUGACUGGCAACGCUCGUAUGCAGGAAAGACCUCAAGGACCUCUCGUUGAUGCUCUUCGCUCAAACGGUGUUGAGAUUGAGUACAUCGGCAAGCCUGGAAGCCGCAGUCUUCCUCUUCGCAUCGCCGCUGCCGGCGGUUUCGAAGGUGGUGUCAUUGAGCUCACCGCCAAGGUGUCUUCGCAAUAUGUUUCGUCUAUUCUGAUGUGCGCUCCUUAUGCCAAGAACCCUGUGACCCUUCGUCUUGUCGGCGAUAAGGUCAUCUCCCAACCAUACAUUGACAUGACCAUUGCUAUGAUGGCUCAGUUUGGUGUUGAAGUCGAGAGAUCUAGCACUGAAGCCAAUGUCUACCAUGUCCCUCGUAAGGCCUACACCAACCCUGCUGAAUACGAGGUCGAGAGUGAUGCCAGUUCUGCUACUUACCCUCUUGCAAUGGCUGCCAUCUCUGGCACUACCUGCACAGUCCCCAACAUCGGCUCAAGCUCUCUCCAGGGCGACGCGCGCUUCGCAGUCGAGGUGCUACGACCAAUGGGUUGCAAGGUCGAACAGACGGCAACCUCCACCACAGUCACUGGUCCUCCUGUCGGCGAGCUCAAGCCAUUGCCUGAAGUUGAUAUGGAAACCAUGACCGAUGCUUUCCUUACCGCUUCCGUACUCGCUGCGGUCGCUAAGCCCAACUCAAAUGGCGCUACUACUCGUAUCCUGGGUAUUGCCAACCAGCGUGUCAAGGAGUGCAAUCGCAUCAAGGCAAUGAAGGACGAGCUUGCCAAGUUUGGUGUUACAUGCAGAGAACUUGAUGAUGGUAUCGAGAUUGAUGGCCGCGGAUUCGAUCUGCAAGAGGCACAAGGCGGUAUCCAUUGUUACGACGACCACAGAGUCGCCAUGAGUUUCUCCGUCCUGUCCACCAUGGCACCUAAGCCCACUCUCAUCUUGGAAAGAGAAUGUGUUGGCAAGACUUGGCCCGGGUGGUGGGACCAGUUGUCUCUGCUCUUCAAGGUCAAGUUGGAGGGCGUCGAACCCAAGACCUCUUCUUCGGUCGGGCAUUCGAUCGCUUCGAGCAACCAGAAGUCAAUCUUCAUUAUUGGCAUGAGGGGUGCUGGUAAGACCACUACAGGAGGUUGGGCUUCCCGUCUGCUCGGCUGGCCUCUUAUCGAUCUUGACACUGAGCUGGAGAGGACUGCUGCUAUGACCAUCCCCGACAUCAUCAAAGAGAAGGGUUGGGAGGGUUUCCGCGAGCUUGAACUCUCUCUUCUCAAGACUGUGAUGAAGGAGAAGCCCACUGGCUACAUCUUUGCUACCGGUGGUGGUAUCGUGGAAUCAGCCGAAGCUCGUGGUAUCCUCACUUCUUACCACAAGAAUGGCGGUAAUGUGCUGUUGGUGACCAGAGACAUCAACCUCGUUAUGAACUUCUUGCAGAUUGACAAGACCCGCCCAGCUUAUGUCGAAGACAUGAUGGGUGUGUGGCUCCGCAGAAAACCGUGGUAUGAAGAGUGCAGCAAUUUCCACUAUCACAGUCAGACAGUCGAGUCUAUGGAUGGCGCCAGAGCUAAGAACACCAUCGAGGACUUUGGUAGCUUCUUGAGACUACUCACCAACCGUGAGUGUGCUCUGGAGCGUAUGAGAAGGAAGAAGGAGUCCUUCUUUGUUUCGCUGACACUCCCAACGGUCGCUCCGUUCUUGUCUCGUCUCAACGAGAUUUCAUUUGGAGUUGAUGUCAUUGAGUUCCGUGCAGAUCUUUUGCAGGACCCAUCCACACCUGAUGGACGCCCGAGCCCAGAAUUCCUGGUCGAACAACUUGCGGCUCUGCGAUCAGGCAGUUCUCUGCCUGUCAUCUUCACUCUUCGCACCAAAGCCCAAAGUGGACGCUUCCCUGACGGCGCUGAUGAAGAGGCAAUCAAGCUCUAUCGGGUCGCACUUCGCAUGGGUUGUGAUUUCGUUGAUGUAGAGCUGACCUCCUCGCCGGAGCUCAAGGAGUUCGUCAUCUCGAACAAGCGUAACAGCAAGAUCAUCGCAUCGCAUCAUGACCCCGCAGGUAAGCUCUCAUGGGCUACCGGAGGCAGUGCAUGGAUGCCACAUUACAACGCCGCUCUGGAGUACGGUGACAUUAUCAAGAUUGUUGGUACCGCAAAGUCGUUGGAGGACAAUUUUGCGCUUGCCGAGUUCAAGGCUUGGGCUGCAAAGACUCAUCCCGAGAUUCCGCUCAUCGCUCUUAACAUGGGUGAGCACGGUAAGCUCAGUCGCAUCACGAACCGCUUCAUGACUCCUGUCUCGUCCCCUGCUCUGCCCGUCGUUGCUGCUCCUGGCCAGUUGUCAGCUGCCGACAUCCGUCGUGGUCUUAGCUUGAUCGGCGAAAUUGAACCUAAGAAGUUCUAUCUCUUCGGAUCGCCUAUCUCUCAGAGCAGAAGCCCUGCUCUUCACAAUGCCCUUUUCGCACAGUCGGGACUCCCGCAUGAGUAUGGCUUGUUCGAGACUACCGUAGCAAAGGACAUUGAGAAGAUUAUUCGUGCCCCCAACUUUGGUGGUGGCAGUGUGACAAUCCCUCUCAAGUUGGAUGUCAUGGAAUUGCUCGACCAUGUCGACCCGGCCGCCAAGACCAUUGGUGCUGUCAACACCAUUGUACCAACCCAGACUGCUGACGGCAAGACCAUCUUGACUGGCUACAACACAGACUGGCAGGGUAUGACUAUUGCACUGCAGUUCGCUGGUGCUGAAGGCAACAACGGUGUUUUGAAAGAAGCAGCUAUGGUUAUCGGAGGUGGCGGCACCGCUCGUGCCGCUAUCUAUGCCUUGCACAAGAUGGGUUACAGCCCGAUCUAUCUGGUUGGUCGCAACACAAGCAAGCUACAGACACUGGCCGAUUCUUUCGACGCCUCGUGCAACAUCGAGGUUUUGAGUGAUACUGAGCAAGUGUCCAAGCUGUCGUCUGAAAGACAUCCCGUCGUGGCUAUCGGUACCAUCCCUGGUGACUCGCCCAUUGACCCUGCAAUGCGCGAGACACUUUGCUCCUUGUUCGAGGCUGGCAACAAUCCCCGUGACAUUCCUGGACCCGGUGACAAGGCCAAGGUUCUUCUGGAGAUGGCUUACAAGCCACGCGUGACAUCGCUGAUGCAGCUCGCUGAGAACAGCGGUUGGAAAACUGUCCCCGGCCUCGAGGCUCUUGUCGGACAGGGUGUCCACCAGUUCAAACACUGGACCGACAUCACUCCUCUCCACGACUUCUCCAGAAAGGCUGUACUAGGUGAUGAGGCAUAA